UAUGGCUUUCAACGGCACCCAUGUGCAGGGCCUGCAAGGCUCGGAAUGGGGGGUUUCGCAGAGGCUUAAUACGGAUUUUCACGAUUAUAUAUCAUCGUCGAAAGUCAUCAAAUUAGUCGGGAUCGUGUUACUUUGGCUUUUCGCUAUUUCGUUCUUCCAGCCCAAGAGGCCCAGAAUUCCGGGCGCCCGAGUACACGGGUCUCGGGGAUGGUGGGAGCCUUCAUUCUUGCUCAAGACUCGAUUUAUAUAUGACGCGUAUAGAAUUAUUAAUAGUGGAUAUGAUAAGUUCAAAGAUGUCCCUUUCGUGGUACGUCGUUACGAUACCGACAUCCAUGUUAUGCCAAUGAAGUACUUAGACGAGCUACGCUUGAUUCCAAGAAAUGAACUCAAUGGGAAGAUGGCGCAUUAUAACAACUUGUUCAAAGGCUGGUCAUGGGCCUCCGUAAUUCGUGAUUCUGACUUGCACGUCACCGUAUUAACAAAAAAGCUGAACCCGGAUGUGGCUAAAUACGUCGAUAUGGCAAACGAGGAACUCGAGUACGGCUGGCAUAUAGACGUACCCAAGCCCAUCGAAUGGACCGAAGUCGACAUACAGCAAACCUUGCGCAUGCUUGUCGCCCGCAUGUCGGCAAAGGUCUUUGUGGGCGAUCCAGCGUGUCGUGAUCCUACAUGGCUAAGCCUAACACUAAACUUCUCCCAGGAUUUAUUUUUGGCAGGUUUCGCGUUGCGCAUGUUCCCGCCGUGGAUGCACUUCUUGGUCAAGCCAUUGAUUCCAGCGCGAUGGCGUGUACAGAAGCAGAUUGACAUAGGCACUAAGGUCGUCCGUCAGUACAUGCUCAAACGCGAGGAACAGGUCAAGGCAGGCCAGAGAGGUGAUGGAACGUUAUUUGAAUGGAUGGUCGACCACGCGGUGGGAAAUGAAGGAUCGUUGGAACAAAUGGCUGCCAGACAAUGCAUCCUGACGCUUGCGAGCAUCCACACAACGGCAGCGACAGCGGCAAACGUUCUAUUUGACAUUAUUGCUCACCCCGAAUGGGUUGCCGUACUAAGAGACGAAAUCGAUGAGACACUCAAGACUCAUGGUGAGCUCGGACAAAAUAUGCCAGUCAAGUCGUGGCUCCAGCAUCUGGAGAAGAUGGAUAGCUUCAUCCUUGAAAGUCAACGACACAAUCCACCCAUCCUCUUGACACCUCAAAGGUUAGCAAUGGUGCCCCUAACCCUAAAGGACGGAACACACAUUCCAGAGGGGACUCGCAUCGCGUGGCCCGGUCCGCAACAUGCCUUCGACCCCACCAUCACCCCGGAUCCCGAUACAUUUGAUCCAAUGAGAAGCUAUCGCAAGCGGCACACCGGCAACGGGCAGAAUCUCCACAAGUUCAUGGCAGGCCAAUCCGACCCCGAUAACAUGUCUUUCGGCUACGGGGGACAAGUCUGUCCCGGCCGAUACUUUGCAGUUGGCGAGAUCAAGCUGGUGCUUAUGCGACUGCUUCAAGAGUUUGAUUUCGCCUCGCCUAGGGGGAAUGGGCAUCCCCGGAGUAUUUACGCUGACGAGAACGUGAUAUUGGAUCCCUAUGCUAAGGUUAUGAUGAAGACAAGGCAGACGGUUUAAGGGGAAGAUAAAUUCCAAAUGUACUAGGUAAGUAUCUAUCAGUUUCAAAACGUGUCGGCUCGGCGAAGGGUUUGGAGCAAACCACAUACCAAUCUACCCGCGUGUGGAGCCCUCGGUAUAUAAGGUCAACGGAUAGGAAAUUCACUACCGUCCCAACAUAUCCAGCAGUGCCGUUCAAAUAAACGCAUACGUUACACACUGCCGGAUAGGUAUACAUAGGAAACCUAGGUAACAUGGCUCCGUUUCCUCUCAAAUGAGCGCGUUCGUGGUCAAUUCCCAGAGCCUCUAUACACAUUAUGAGGCCCCUUUAAAGGAUUAGUACAUUCACGUCUGAUGGGAUUUCAAGA